AUGCUUCGACUUCUGGUCUUCCUUUCGCUUUUAGGACUGAGUGUUGCUUUGAUAGGACGAACGCAGAGCUCUGGUGUCAAGGGCAUCUUAAAGUGUAACGGAAAACCGGCGGCAGGAGUCAAAGUAAAGCUUUACGAUGACGACAGGGGAAUUGAUGCAGAUGAUUUGAUGGCUUCUGGUAAGACUGAUGCUCAAGGUAUGUUUGAACUGAAGGGGUAUACUGAUGAAAUAACAACAAUCGAUCCCAAAUUGAACAUUUAUCAUGACUGUGAGGAUGGCAUGAAAUCUUUUUUAUAUUUAUCUUUUAAAAAGAACUUAAAUACAGAAAUAAUUGAUGUGAUUAAACCAAAACAGAUUUGCCAUUUACAGCCGUGUCAACGAAAAAUUACAAUUAAAAUUCCGGACAGUUAUGUGAGUUCUGGUAAAGUACCAAAGAAGAUUUACGAUGCAGGAACAGUUGAACUGGCAGGAAAAUUCAAAGGAGAAGAACGAGACUGUCUCAACUAA